UUUAUUUUGCGCCCGGUACAAUGUUGGCUGUGUAUGCCAAAAGCUGCGUCAGAGAAAACUUUGGACUGUGCUUGUUGUUUUUUAUUCCACCAAGACUUGGUGAGAAGCGCAGGUUGUCUGAGUGUCAUAGGUCUGGCGGCAACAUGUUUGAAGAUUGGAGGAUCCUGAUACUCUUCUGCGUCGCCACGUCUCUGGCUGGUGUGCACGCCUGCCCGCCAGAAUGUACGUGUUUCCAAGAUGUACCCAGCGUGCAAUGCAACACCCCAACUCUGGACCAUGUUCCUAUGGGAAUCCCGACUAACACUACUCUGCUUCAAAUAAAAGGAACAGAACUUCGAGAGAUCAAGAAAGGUGAUCUGACCGGCCUGCCACUGCUAAAAACCUUGUAUCUCUUCGACAACAAACUACAAACAAUCGAGGUCGGCGCCUUCGAUGACAUCCCAGCAAUACAGACCAUCGAGAUGGGCAGCAACCAGAUGUCCGACCUUCCUCCUGGGCUCUUCAGAGGGUGUGGCGAGUUACAGAGUGUCGUUGGGGAUGGGAAUAGGAUCACUAGGAUACAAGUUGGGGUUUUUAACGACUUGCCAAACCUCCAGGUUGUACGGCUCGGCAACAACCGCAUCGAGACCAUAGAAGUGGGGGCUUUCUCCAACCUGUCCAACUCUAUCGUCUUCAGUUUGGAAAACAAUCACAUCCGGGAGAUCAGGAAAGGCGUGUUCCGUGCUCCUCAAGGAGCGACGCAAAUCCAGUUACAGAACAACAACAUUUCUGUUAUAGAGCCCGGCGCACUUUCGGCAUUCAGCAAAAUUUACAUGCUGCUACUUGAUAACAACGCUCUCUCUACCCUUACUGGUGCGCUGCAGGGUUUAGAUAACGCAGAAAUCAUAAGCAUAGAGAGCAAUCAGAUAGUGGCACUGGCCGAAAACACUUUCCAAGGACUUCACAAGCUACGUCGGCUGGACCUGUCAAACAACCAAAUUGGCGCCAUCACGGGACAGGUGUUUGCUAACCUUUCAAGUCUGAACUUUCUUGACCUUCACAACAACAAGCUUGUCCGCAUGGACUCCCCGCUACCUGGCGGGAUAGGACAAGUAUUGCUGUCCUCUAACAUGCUUUCUGAAGUACCUCCCUUAUCGGGCGCGCUUGAUACACUAGACCUGUCCCACAACCCCCUGCAGUCCCUGGUACAGGGACAGUUCUCCCAUAUCCCCAGCAUCACUACCCUUGGUCUCUCUGGUAUAAAGUAUUUCAUAGAGAAAGGCACCAUUGACGCGGGCGUGUUCGCUGGACUCGGCAGGCUGGGAACGUUGAACCUCGCCGAUAACAGACUUACUCGGGUCCCUUCGGAAGCGCUCGGGAAAAUCAACCAGUUAGAUACGCUGAAUCUGUCUGGGAACGAGAUCACAACUCUCCAUCCCAGCGACUUCGUCAACCAGACGACCAUUAUGACGCUCAAUCUCAGCGGUAACAAUCUGACGUCUGUUCCUGAGAAUGUCCUUGACAAACUGUCACGGAUCCAAGAAAUCAACCUCUCCGGCAACCCCAUUGUGUACGUGGGUCCGAGGGCCUUCCGGGGCGAGCAGCUCUUCAUGGUUCAUCUGGAUCAUACAAAACUCCGUAUCAUAGAUGGAACUGCCUUCAACGAAUCCGUGGAAGUGAAGUCACUGAGACUGAACAACAACUAUCUGCAGUUCCUGCCGGGUGGGAUCUACGAACCGUUGACUUUCUAUGGAGACUUGAUGGAGCUUGAAGACAUGACUAACAACCCCUGGAAGUGUGACUGUCAGAUGUACGAGUACGCGCAAUAUGUCAGAACACCUGCGGCCUCUGCCUUGACCACACUCGAAUGUGCAGGCCCAGGAAACUUGACAGGACAGAUCCUGCGGCACGUUCCACUUGAUGCUCUGAAAUGCGACUGUUCUCACUUCUCAUCUCCGAAAAUAGAAACCGAAGGAAGCUCACCUUCGGUCCCUAUCGGACACGGAGCAGUGCUCAAGUGUAAGGUCACGGCCUGCCCUGAAGCAGCGGUCAUCUGGACCACUCCUACCGGCGUGAGUCUGACCUCUGACUCCCAACAUCCGGGUCUCAGUGUUCUAUCAGACGGAAGUCUGGUCGUCGUGUCAGCGUCAUCAGAGGACUCGGGCACCUACAGCUGCAUGGCGGUCAACUACCUCGGUAAGGCUACGGCAACGGUCAAUCUCAGGGUCACAAACGAGCCCCAAGUGACCACUGAUGUAGCCACGACGUCGACGGGACCCACCGAAGGAAGUACGACGAGACCUACAGAAGGAAGUACGACGGGACCCACCGAAGGACCCACCGAAGAAAGUACGACGAUACCCACAGAAGGACGUACGACGAGACUCACAGAAGGGAGGACGACGAGACCCACAGAAGGGGGCACAACGGAGUCCGACGAAGAGAGCACAACAAAAACGACGACUGGGAUCGGAACAUCUCCUUAUGACUCGCAGUCUACAGCUCCUGAUACCAACACGAGUGACAGGGCCAAAGUCAGUAUGUGGGCCACAUUUCCGUUAAUGUUCACAUAUGCUGUGAUGUUUUUCCUUAUGUAGAGUUACAAAAUGUACUUCAAGAAGACGAUUCAAAUAAAUGUAUGCUCCGUGUAAAA